AUGCCUUUGACAGAAUCGACGCUCACUUUAAACUACGAGGGCCACCUAUUGGUGGCGCCAGUUCCAGCCCCAGCAGACCAGCCGACGCCCCGGCGCAGUCUCCGCGAACUGGCCAUAAGUGUGCCCCCGCGCAACCUACAGGAGUUCUUGCGACGAAUCUCGGGCGUCGGCAACGUCAACCGCCGACUUGAUCUGGCCCAGAUACUCAGGGAAUUCCUUGGCGUCGGAAGCACGCUGGAUGUCGACCACGCCGCCCUACGGAUUCUGCGCAUGUUUGAACGAACCAAACCCAGAGGCACUCUGAUAGACCGGACUCGCAAGCUGGAUUCACUCUACGUGUUUGAGUAUCUCGCAGGACAGAUUCCCUUUGAUGACAUUGGGCACGUCAGACUGGCGCGGUUGGCGCAGAGACUGAUGCGUGUCGAUUGUUUCUACAAGGGGUACACGUGGGAGGCGAAGGAUCCUGGUGACAGCCUUGAUGGUAUGUCGAUGCAACAAGCGGUAGGGGAUGGAUUCCGCUUGCCCAAUCUUUACGCCUUUUACGCCCGCCUCGCCGCGUAUACGACUCCCGACGCUCCUCCUACAUACAUGGUGAGGAUGCUUCGUGACACACUCGAGGUGGGCUUGUCUGGCCAACCGAGUGACUCCACAAACAUGUCGGAUGGCCAGGUACGCGGGGUCGCGCAGUUCAUUCUCUGGAACGGCCACGAUCUCUUCAACAAGAUUGACACCGGCCUUCCCUUCAAUCAGGCCGGCGGAACAUUCGUUGCCGGGGCCGGGCAGCAGACAGAUUCCGGGCUUACCCUUAAUCGAUGGACAUUCUGGAGGCGCGCCUUUCUGGGAGUCCAGCACAACAUGAAUUACCAAAUUGAGACGAGGGCCAUGGCGGGCAGGGUGGUGCAGUUGAUGCGGACCUGGGAGAACACGUUGAACUUUCAGCAGAUUCUUGAUACCUCCAGCUCGAGCUCACCUGGUCCUUCAAACUCCCCUGGCCCGUCGAAUUCACCUGGUCAUUCUCAUACACUUGGUGCUGCAAAUUCACCAGGUCAUUCGAAUUCACUUGAUACUUCGAAUUCGCCCCCUCCUUUGGAUCCGCCGGGUCCUUCGAAUGCAGGUUAG